ACCACGUAUCUCAACCAAACGGCGAGUUUGGUCAAAACUAUUUCAACGAACCAACCCAACGGAUCUCUGUUUCUGGUCCCGCUACUGCGCAACCUAUUUUUUCUGCUGACCCAUUAAAUCGAUCAAAACAAGGCUCCUGAACCAUGGGUAUCGGCUAUGGCGCAUCAGAUGAACAGCUGGAAAAGCAGAUCGGCUGCGUAAAGUACACGCUUUUCUGCUUCAACAUCGUUGCCUGGAUGAUAGCGACGGCGCUGUUCGCCUUGACUGUCUGGCUGAGAGCUGAGCCCGGCUUCAACGACUGGCUGCGCAUUCUGGAGGCACAGUCCUUCUACAUUGGCGUCUACGUGCUCAUUGGCAUCAGCAUCGUCAUGAUGGCGGUCAGCUUCCUCGGCUGUUUAAGUGCGUUGAUGGAGAACACCCUGGCGCUGUUCGUGUUCGUGGGCACCCAGGUCUUCGGGUUCAUUGCCACGGUCGCCGGAUCGGCGGUCCUUAUGCAGUUCAGCACCAUUAACUCCAGCCUUCAGCCCCUUCUGAAUGUGUCGCUGCGCAGAUUUGUGGCCACCUCUGAGUACACGUACUCCAACUACGUGCUGACCAUGAUCCAGGAAAACAUCGGUUGUUGCGGGGCCACCGGGCCAUGGGACUACCUCGACCUCCGCCAGCCGCUGCCCAGCUCCUGCCGGGACACCGUUAGCGGUAACGCCUUUUUCAACGGAUGCGUGGACGAGCUGACCUGGUUCUUCGAGGGCAAGGCCGGCUGGAUAGUGGCCCUGGCCAUGACCCUCGGCCUGCUGAAUGUCAUCUGCGCAGUGAUGAGCUUUGUCCUCGUGCAGGCGGUCAAGAAGGAGGAGGAGCAGGCCAGCAACUACCGCCGUUGAAGUGCCCAGUCUAGUUAGCUUAGUUAGUAGCGACAAACGACCCUGCGAUAGAUCUAAGAAUUCAUACCCAGUUCGAACAAUAAGUACAAUAAACAUUGCGACCCCUA